CACACGUGGUUAAAGUGGUAACAUUGGGAUCAUAUGGGAACAGGCAAAAACGACUUUUUCUUAUAUUUAAAAUAUGUCACGGAAUGAAAACGAUGAGUUCGUAUGAGGUUAUGAGUUCGUAUUAAGCAGCGCCGAUUCGGAUCAGAUCCACUUUCUUUCUCCGCCUCGUUGAUUUUGUUUGUUGCGCAACUCGAGGCGUUGGAUAGGAAAGGAUAUUGCAAAAUGAGCUUUCUCAAACAUCCCAGAGACUAUGAAGAAGUGGCACGACGGUCGUGCGGUUCUGAUGAAACAUCCGUGUCCGCCGCAAGGGUCUGUCUGACACGAGCUGUUGUGUGUUAAUCAUAUGUGACUCAAACAUAACGUGAGUUUGUUUGUUUGUUUUACUGAAUGAAAUUAUGACCUGGGAACGCCGCAAACUGUAGGUAAGAUUCCCUGUUUGUUUUUAAAGCGAAAGAGGUGAAUGACAAAACACGCCGUGUCGUGUUUUAUGUGUUUUAUACACGCUUUUACUUCCCUGUGUGUCGUUGCAGCAAAUAUUCCUCUGAACGUCCUUCGUUCACUGACGGGAUUAAACGCGUGCACGUGCUCGUGUGUAAUUUACAGUAGUUUAAAUUGUACUUGAUCUAAACUUCAAACUGAAGAUGUUUCUGUAAUAACGUCAUGUUUGUUUAUUAGAUACGAGAAUAAGAAUUCAGAACUGUGAUUUACAGAUUUCCAGUCAAGGACGCAUUUUCAUAUUUCUAUUUUUACUACUAUUUUCCACAUUUCUGAAUAAAGUCAAAAAUAUAAAAUAGCACAUAUGGGAAUUGGGAAAUGUGAAGUGACUAAGAUCAGUGGGAAAUGUAGUUUUUGCAGUGACUAAAAACUGGAAAUCGGUGUCAUGUGGUGCAUUCUGGGACGCUUUCGUUAAUAUUAAAAGAUUUUUUUGUGUGUAUGCUGGACAUUUUUCCUUUAAUAUCUGGCAGAAUUAAUCUAUUCCAAAUAAUUCAUAAAUUAAUUGUUGUAUUUAGUCAAUAGUACAGUUCAGCAUUGUGAACUUUGAUGUUUUUCUGUGCAAAACCAAACUUAAACAUAGAAGCAUACUAGAUAUAGAUAUAGAGUGAAUUCACCCUAGAUAUACAUUUUAAUAUAUUAUAAAGACCACGAGGAACAGGCACGUUCAAGCUUUUGACUGAUAAUAUGUGAACCAUAAGUUUGUUUUGUGAGUUUUUUGUUGUUUUAUUGGUUGGACAGUGAUUUCCUGAGUUGUUAGUCUGUUGGAAAGACCAUGUAAUCUUUAUAACAUUCAUUCAUAUUACAAACUAAUUUACAUGUGUAUGUCUUCUAUAUAAAAUUGUAUUAAGUACUGGAGAUGGGCGGGUUAGUGUCACUUGAGUCCGUUUUGGAUGCUGAACUUGUGAAAAUGGUGCUGAAGUUGCACGUAUGAUUAUCAACACAAUCUUCUGCAAUCUUGACUUCUACAGAGCAAUACAGAAUAAUGAAGUGCAUUACUCGCAAUGUUUAAUAAAUCCUGAUGCAAUAUAAACAAUGAACUAUUUCUCUACUAUUUAAUGAUCGUUCCACAAAACAGCUGGACACACUUUGACAUUUCCAAUAUUUACUUUACCGUAUGUUAUUUAGGACGGGUUUAUUUAGAUGCAACGCUACUUUCAGCUAUAAAUGAAUCUUUCCAAAGUGAAUGCAUGUUUUGGAGUGAAUCCAACGAGAUGCUUGAGGCAAAAGGCCAAAGACAUUCAAUUAUGAUGUUUUAAAUCCUUUGGUACUUGAAAUGUCUUCUGUGGUUGUGGGAACUCAGUUCGAGCGGUUUCCUCUCUGUCUGUUCUCUUUAGAUGGACACUGAUGCCUUGUUAACUUGUGCUUCACCCUGUCAGGAUAUUGGUGUUUUGUGUAGCGUUAAAAUGAAUCUUCCCAUGCCUUUAACGCUUAACUAAACGUAAUGGAAAUUGUUACAUCCUAAAAGUGCUGCCGGCGCCCAAACCACUGAAGCUCCAUUAGUGACAAAUGAUUCAUUAGAUCGUUGUUUGGUUUUGUUUUUCCAAGUCUGAGCAGGAGUUUGUCAAACCAGAUUGUAAGGUUUAUGUGAAUCAAUCCAAAACCAUGCUGCACGCCUAUAAAGACAGCAAGAAAGUUACACUCCCUAGUGUAAUUUAAAAUCAGAUCAUCAUUUUUUGUUCGUGUCGUGCUGGUUUGAGUUUAAAAUGAACAAGAUGUUCAAUAUGAUUAAAGUCGGCAUGAAAGGGAAGUAGCGAUUGUAUUUUUUUCCGUGUGGUGACCAGUGUUGGGUGUAGCCUAACUAGUUACCAAGUCAUUAUUUACUUCAAUUUAUUAUUGAAAUGAGAAAAAAAUGUAGGGCGGGACUUGAUUUCAUCCACCGACAACUGAUUGGAUCGUUAAAAGGUGAAAGAUUGGAAUGGUAGUUUGCAGUCCCGCCCUCGCGCCAUUCCUCGUCACCAGAAGUGAAGAAAGGUCGUUUCCAGAGGAAGAGGAGGUUAACGUUUUGGAUAAAAGAUAACUAGUGCAAAUUUUUAUUUAAAAAAAAAAUGAUGUGCACGGAUAAAUAAUGUAUAAUAAAUACUUCACCACUGUGUAAACAAUUAGCAUGAUCAUUUUUAAUUUCAUGCCGACUUUAAAAUAAUAAAUAUAAUAAAUUAAACUAAGACAUGAUUUAAAGUGAGUGUUUGUAGAUAUUGAGCAGAAUAGACAUAUUUGACAGUACGUACAAACAUUGUCAUUAUUGUCACAUUAAACAUUAUUUACAAGCUUAAAGAACCGAUUUUACACACUAUAGACAAUUUAUCUAAACAGACCUGCAUUAACACCAGCAGGUGACGCUGCUGUGCUGUGAUUGGCAGUCAUCUGAUCAUGUGACUGAUGUUUAACAUCGAGCUGAGAACGUUAGGAAAUUUAGUUUAAAAUAUGUUCAAUUUAUGACAUUUAGACAGCAUUUUAACAAUUUAACCUGACAUUGUGCUUUCAUCCAGGGUGUUAGUCGAUUUUUUUGUAUUUACAUUAAUGGAAGAAACACGUUUAAGAAUAUCGUUGUGUCCACCCGGUUCUGAAUGAGACUAGUUCAUGGUUUUAACUCUUAAUAACACUGAACAUAGACCAGGGUGGUACUAGGGUUCAUUUUGGUUAUUUACUUUUACAUCCUCUUUAACUGGCGAGUGUUCUGUUCUUUUUUCUUUUUCAAACAGAUUCCCUUCCUCAAUUCCCAUUUCUUUCAUGCUGAUUGAACACAUUAGGUUCUCUUCUACACGUGUGCUGCUCUUUUCUAGAACAAAAGCUGUUGUGCAAGAAUGAAAAUCCGUUUUCGUGCAGUUUCUGCUGGCUAGUCAGCAUUUUUCAGAUCUUGGUUUUUAAGGAGAGAACAGAAGUGAGAGUGUCAUGUCUAGAGUUAUUUACAGAUGUAAAGAUUGCACAAAUCGUGCAGGUUAUUCAAGCAUAUCUGGAAUAGACAUCAGUCUUAAAAAUUGUACAAUACUAAGAUAAUCACAAAAAUGGGCUGUCUUGCCCUGACAUGUCUUAAAAUAAUUCAGUGUCAUUGUUUUGUCUCAAGAUGCACACCAGUAAUGCUAGUUUUAUAAAGAUGACUUUUUUUAUCAUUUUUAUAAAAGUGAAUUAAAUACCCUAAUUUAGCCAAGGCGUAGUCUUUGUCUAUGAUCCGGGCGUUUAAGAUUACGACAUCAAAUCAGACCUGUGACCAGCAGUUCAAUAUUAGUUACCUGUUUUUAGUUUAGUUCGGAAGAAUUACGUGCGUGUAUUUACCAGACUGAGUACAUUCGACCUUUGAGUUUGUGAUAAAAACACUGUUCACUUCCAGUAAAUCUGAGGUUCAAAGUUCAUUGAAAUAAGACCAAUAGCGUCAUUAAACUGGGCGGUCUUUUGUUUUAAUUGACAUUUAAUUAUUGUUUACAAGUUUCCACCGGCAAUAAAAUUACAGCAGUUGUAAUAAUAUAUGCAUUUUGACUUUUAUAUAUUUAUAAUGUAUUUUUGCAGUGAUUGAUAAAUCUCCUGUUUUUCUUUACAGAUAUGGGUCGGCUGCCCCUCAUUUUUCUGCUCUUGUUUUUUUGGGCUGCUCGGGGUGCUGUGAUAUCAAAGGAACCUUCAGUUUUAGACUCUUGCAGAGACUUCAAAACGGCGUUUGAGCGAGUUUUCUCAGUUCCAGGGGAAGCCGCGGUCUUACACUGCACGUUGGACAUCCAUCAUCUCUUUAAUCCUGCAAACACCUCUUACAACAUAACGUGGUACGAUAAGAGAACGGGCUCUGAGGUUACACGGCUGGAGCAUGAUGUCAUAUUGCGGGACAAGUCACUGUGGUUCAUCAACAUCACCAUGGAGCACCAAGGGAACUACAUAUGUGUCGUCAGAACUGAACAGGAGUGCUUCAAACAGGCGACGGUGUUGAUGGUGAAUGAGAUGUCCGAGAACUGCAUGCGAGAGCAAAAGGCGGCUCAGAAAAUCAACGCUCAUGUGAACGGUUUCCUCGCCUGUCCUCUGAGGAGUUAUCUCAAAAGUGUGGAUAGAUCUUCCAUCCAUUGGUACAAGAACUGUGAGGAGAUUGAAGAAGAUGAGAAGUUUGUGCCCAUGAAGGACAUGCUGCUGAUCAGAAACGCACGUUUUGAAGACGCCGGCUUUUACACCUGCAAGAUGACGUUUAGUUUAGAUGACGUUGAUGGUGAAAUGUCUGAAACUCUGGAGUGUGAAGUUGACGAUAAAACUUCAAUGAAACCUCGAAUGGUCGAGCCGGUUAAUGACGUCAUGAAAGUGUCCAGGGGUUCAUCGUGCAGUAAACGGUGUCGGGUUUUCGUGCCGGGGAAGGGCAUUCAUUUGGUUGAAGUGCUCUGGAAAGUUCGUUUGGAUUCUGAGGAGUACUUCGUCUCGCUGGACGUCUCGGAUCGGGUUCAUCAGACGCCCCUCGAUGAAAGCAGUGCAGACGAUGGCGUUUGGAUGGUGCGCACGCUGUGGCUGACUGAGGUGUUCGAGGAAGAUUUCAAUCAAAUCUUCACCUGCAUGGUGUCCAGCAGCCGCGGACAUCCCACUGGCCAGUUUAUGCUCCUGCCCACAGAUCCGAACCUUCUCCUGCCGCUGGUUCUUGUCCUGGGUUCGGUGGCGUUUCUCUUCAUGACGGGCGUUCUUCUCUACACUUUAUUUAAGGUGGAGCUGACCUUGUGGGUCCGGAACAUGUUUCCAUUCUUCUACAAAACCACAGAUGGUGACGGUAAGCAGUUUGAUGCGUACGUUGCCUAUCCAAGAGUUCUGGAAGGCUCCAGCGAAAUGGCCGAGAUGUUUGCUAUGAGGACUUUACCUCAGGUCUUGGAGGGACAAUAUGGUUAUAAACUUUUCAUUCUCGGCCGGGACAGUCUGCCAGGAGAAGCUGUGGUGGAUGUUGUUGAAGACGCUCUGAAGGGCUGUCGCAGACUCCUGCUGCUCUACACGGCAUCUUCUCUCUGCAGUCCAGAAGCGCAGGAAUGGGCCGAACAGCAGGCGGGUUUGUACCGAGCCCUGGUGGAGAACGCCAUUAAAAUCGUGCUGCUGGAGAUGGAGGAAAUCCAGGAUCCGCGGAGGCUGCCCGAGAGCGUUCGUCUCAUCAGAGAGAAACAGGGAGCGCUGCAGGCCUGGAAAAGAAGGAAGAGGUGGAUGUGCUGCGACGGGACGUCGGAGGAGCGCGUGACCUCUCUCCAUCCCUCUGAACGCUUCUGGAGGGAGGUGCGCUAUUACAUGCCCGUCAGAGGCAAAGCUAAGAAGAGAAACGUUUGGUUUAGUUUUUAGAUCUGGAGGUUACAGAAACAUUUGUGUGAACUGUUGAGGGUGACGCUGACCGGACACUUGGCCUGCUUCCCAGACUUCCCUCGGGGAGAGAAAUCGAUGCAGAGCGCUUCGAACCAAAUCAGCUCGGCUCUGAAAUGAAUCGCAAACAUUACAAUUAUUCAUUUGAAUAGAAAAAAGCUUUGAAGUUCUGAAAAAAGAAAGACUGUGUACUUGAGCUUUGUAAUGACUUCUAAAACACAGGAUUUGUCUAGACAUCAGUGUCAGAAAAAAAUGUUUUGCAUUAAGGGGCAAUAUUUACCCUCUGGGUAUCAUUUUAGGAGCAUUUCUGUAAAAACAGUCAGUCUCAUAAUUUUUGGUUAAACAGUUUAAUAUGAAUCAACUCUUGUUGUGUGUGAUUGUGUAAUGUGGCCUAGAAUAGAAUGUUAAAGAUGAAUCAGAAAUCAAAUGCAGCAGGUCUGUGCCCGCUUCAAAUUUUGGGGCAUUUUACCACUUUCUGUUGCUUUUUUCCCUCCGUUGCUUGCCACUUUGAUUUCAGAUGUUGCUAGACUCGUGUUCUUUGCUUUACUAAUUAUUUGAAGUGUUUUAAUUCAUUUCACAUCAAAUGUUCAUGCAAACUAUAAGUGUUUGUUUGUUAAAUGCUCGUAGCCAAGUAAACAUGAAACGGCAUCGUAAGUAAAUCGCUUGUAGGUGGAUAUUUCAUAGAGAAAUGCUGUUGCUCAGCCUGAGCAGUGUUUGUGAAUGAUCAUUAUUGUGCAGUUCUGAGCCGCUUCAGGUACAGAAAUGACACUCUUCACCUUUAAACUCGACGUGAGAACAUAUUCAGAAAAGAACAGAGACCUCAAACACUGACCCACAUCAUAUCUGCAGGUUUCAUAUCCGUGGCGUUCAUCCUGUGUAUCUUUCUGUAGGUGUUUAUGUGGUGACAGACUGCAGGUAUAUGCAGUUUUUUGGCAUAUACUGUAUAAACAAAGAGCCGAAUUAGAACAUAGUUAAGGUUAUUUAUUGCAUUGUUCUGCAAAGAACCUUUCAACCAACACCUGUUAUUUAAGUAAAAGUCUUCACCGGGGCUAGGUCAUUGUAUCUACAUCUGUGUACUGUUGUUGCUGUUUCUGUGUUCUGGAUGCUCCUGUCACCAAAACAAAUUCCUUGUAUGUGAAAACAUACUUGGCAAUAAAGCUCUUUCUGAUUCUGA